AUGAACGAAGUUGAGGCUACCUUGGAGGACAUUUUGAAAACUUCCGACAAGCUGGCUGCCGCCGACACCACCAGCGGUAUGGCGCCACCAUCGCCCGCAGGGUUCCAAGGUUCCAUGGGAUCCGCUUCCAUCCAACACGUGCAGCAGCUGGUGUUCGAGCUGCCCAAGCAACGGAAGAUCAUCGGCGUUAUCCUCAUCCAGGUUGUCAUCGUCAUCGGCGUGAUCGCAAUCGCCCAGCAACACAGCAAGCGAGGUGCAGUCGUAAUGUACUGCGACACGGCGGACUGCGUCAGACACGCCGCCGAGCUGUCGACCAGCGUGGACGAUUCUGUGCACCCGUGCCGAAGCUUCUACGACUUCGUGUGCGGCCGCUGGUCCAGGACGCACUCGCGAGACGACCUGCUGGAAGAGAUUCACUCCAGAACGGUGGACAUAGCGCUUCGCCAGCUGGACCGGGACGGCUGGCAGUCGACCAAGGCUUCGGCUUUCUUCCAUAGCUGCAUGGACUCGAAGCUAAAACGAGACGAAAAUGUUCGCGGACUCAUCUCGCUGAAGAGGGAGCUGGGACUCGUAUGGCCUGAGGAGUCUCACGGAAGCGACCACCCUUUGAGCGUGAUGCUGAAGAUGGCGAUCAAGUGGAACCUCAAUUUCCUUUUCCAAGUUCAGGUCGUUUCUAGGCGCGGGGCCUCUCACACCUUGUUCAUCACCAGGGGCUUCCUGGGCAUCACUUGGGAAGAGAGCCAGGAAAAAUCGCUCAGUGGCUACCGGAACCACGUGGAGGAGCACUUCAAGGUCCUCAACGUCACACCUUCUAACGUGAACUAUACCGAGCUCUGGCAACUAGAAGAUGCUAUCAUUCAAGCUAAGUUGGAUUUAAUCCACGAAAAGCCCGUACAGGACUGGUUUCCCAUUGGCAAUAUAGGGCAUCGAACGCCUUCGGUUCAACAAGGGCUGUGGCUUCGGCUUCUGAACAAGUACUUUCGAAAUCGGUACACCUGGACUCAAGAUAGCUUGAUUGCAGUAGAACAUUAUAAGAUUCUCGAAAACCUAGAGAAGCUGUUCCGAUCAUACGGGGAGGAUAAACUUGCGAUUGGGCUUGCGUGGGUAUUUAUUCAAACCCAUUUGUGGGUCCUUUACGACAAGCCAGAACUUCAGUUUAAGCGUAGCGACGUAACUAUUAAGAGGUACGCUUGUUUGGAAUACGCUAACCUUUACUUCGGCCUGCAGAGCAUAGUCGAUCACGUAGUGCAGCGCUACGCCUCCAAAGAAAUACGCCAGAAGGUUGAGAGUUUGCCCGAUCGUAUAAAGCGAACAGCCGCUAACAAGAUCAGGGAGGUGACGUGGAUGACCAACGACACGAAAGAAGACUACGCGAGAAAGGUCGCCAAUAUCGAAAUGAGCGUUCUUCCACAAUCAGACUUCUUCACUGUCAAGGGCCGAGAGGAUAUUUACGGCAUCUUCCCAGCGAUGAACGGCAGCUCCUUCAUGGCUAAGCUCGUGACUGUCGCUAAUUUUUACGCCAACCUAGUCAGCCAUGAACGCUACGGAGACGUUUAUAGCAGAGCCACGUCCGCAACGUAUGGACCCGCUCGGUACGUCUACCCGGUUAAUUCUGUCCUUGUCGCAAUGAAUGCUCUCGAGCCUCCGCUGUACUACAUGCAAGCCAUUGCCUCCAUCGACUACGGAGGGUUGGGCUCGUACCUGGCCAGAGAAGUGUCCAGAUCUUUUGACCCUCGCGGUGUUAACGGGGAGUACGAGUACGGAAGCGACACUCUCUGGUGGGGGGCCAUGAACAGGACGUCAGAAUACAAAGGAAAGAGUGACUGCGAGUGGAACGGCGCUGCAAAGACGACCGGUCGCAACGGCAAAGCUGUCGAUCUCUUUCCGUCUCUCCCAGCACUGGAAAUCGCUUUUGCCGCGUACAAGGAAGCGGUCUCCGAACAAGCCAUCGGAGCAGCCGACGUCAAGUUGCGUGCCCUCAAUCAGUACACCGGAGACCAGCUAUUCUUCAUGACUUAUUGUCACGUGAUGUGCUCGGCUAGAGGGCAUGGAAACGCGGAGAUCUGCGACACCUCUCUAAGGAACUUUCGCCCAUUCGCUGAAACGUACAGGUGCCCGAUCGGCUCACCCAUGAACCCGGCUCAGAAGUGUUCGUUUUUUAAUGGCAACUGA